AUGUACCACGGAGGAGCUCGAGAUUGCGGGGACAAGAAACGCCAGCGACUGACGCCCCCACCGAACGAAGCGUGGAUGAAGGCGAUCAUGAACAACGGGAAGAAGAUAGAUAGUUGUCAUCCUGCAUCGACAGUAACGUCUCGUGGGGUAUUCUCGUCGUCGACUGUGGCUUGGCGGGGAAGAGCGCCGUCGGACUAUUCUCGACCAUCGAUAAAUCCGGGGCCGUUACAGUGUCAUCACUACACUGCCGCAUCAAGAUUACAAGGGAAAAUAGCAGAGCGCCCUUUUCCUAAUCAGGCCAGACCAACAGAAAGCUCAGUGGGGACCCAAGGAAGAAGAGGGAUUCAAGAAAAAUUGACAGAUGUAGCACAAGGGUUUCCGAUAAGAUCACCAGAUAUAAUGUCUGGAUAUCAAGCAAUGUCAGUGGCCGAUCCUGGAAUCUAUCAGGAAAGAACAACUAAAGGCUCUGUAAGUCAUCAAAAUAGGACUUUGGAUGGGGUUUAUCAGAGAAGAAUGAUUGAGGCGCCAAUAGAUUAUCAAAAUGAAACGGCGAACGAAGCAGCCGCAUACCCUAAAAGGCUUAUAUAUGGUACUGUUCCUCCCGAGGAACAAAUAGUAGUUAACCAUACAGAAACGCAGCCAUUUCAGAGCAGAAUAACAGAGGCAUCGACCUUAGACACGAUGGCGAAGGAAUACAAAAAAGACAAAAAGUUGCCUCUGAGAGUAGAAGAAAUGCUGAGAGAACAGGUAAAUUUGGACGAGUCGGAUUUGCAAGACGCGUUUUCUGUGGCCAUGGAAGACCUUAUUCCAGAGAAAGAAGCCAACUUUGUGGCCAAGGGAUUGUGCCAUUUGUGUGGAAUCAGCGAGUACCAUUUUGUCCCUGUGGUGAAUUUUUGCCCUCAUGCGGACGAGCACCAUUCAUUGUGUCGAGAACAUUUGCGUGGCGUAUAUAGAGUGCGCAUGGAAGCUUUGUUUGUUGGUAGAAACGGAUCGGCACCCAAUCACCGCCUUUUACGAUGCUUGAUGUGCACUCGAGGCUGUCCGUGCUCCAAGUGCAUCGCAGAAAGGGAACAGGAUAUACGAAAGUACAAGCGCUAUCUUGUGGACACGCUGCAUCGUAGCGGACAAGGUUCAGUCGUUGCGUUGAAGGACCAUGCUGCUACUAAAGAGAAUUCGAGGCCUAGAGCGGCAGUGCCGGAUAUUGAAUCUCAAGGUCGACUGACUUAUAGAGGCCAUCCAAAUAUGAGUCCAAGCGAUGAUUAUCAAUAUGCCCAAUACACCCCUUCCACGGAAUCAGACCUUCGACCCUCUUCUCAACGGAAAGAAGUGAGUAAUGUCCAGUCAGAAAGCUUGUACGAUGCACACACGCAUGUGCACACACAGGACACUGAAUAUGAAAAGUCUACACCGAUGGAGCAGAAUUACCAUGAAGAAGUUGCUUCUGAUAUGCAAGCUGAGCCAAAGUCUCCGCACCCCCCUGUUCCAAAACGUGCAGCUAAAGAUACGUCUAUGAGCUUGCGUAAUGUGAUGGCAGACAGUGCGCAAGCCUCUUAUGCUCGUCUUUCCGGUCGAGUAACAGCACCUCUAGUUCACCAGGGCUCUGUGGAAUCACCAUCUGCUGCUACUGUACUAAAUUGCGCCGAAUCGGAAAAAUCAUUGGUACAACUGCUUAACUCAUUAAACCAGGGUGGCAAUACUGCAAUCUCAACAGAAAUGGAUGCAAGCAGCCAGUCGAGCAUGUACAACGUUCAUCGCCAAAGUGAAUUGCGCUCAGCUGCGAACGAAACUCAGGCUACAAAUGAAAAAAGUGGGAACGCGCAAAAUUCUGGCGACAAGGAAUCAGAAAUGUUUCCCCGAGCCUACCCUAGUCGUGUCCGGCGUCGAGAAGCUCGUCCGUAUCAAGAACAAUCAUCCACCAGCUCCGAUGAGUCGGAUGGUAUCUCGCGCCCUAACUUCACGAGUGCUGAGGCUCAAUUUGUUGAUGAGGUUUCGGCACAGAAGCCAACAACUAGCGAUAAUGUUGCCAGCAACAGUAUGACUUCUCGUUGUUCGGCAUCACUAGACGAUGAUGUUGUUGAGCGUGAUGCAGAAACAUAUUCUAGUGAUGAAAAACGGACCAAGCCUGGGUUAAAACUUAGUGUAAAGGUUCCCAGCCAUGAAAAAAGUUCUUUGCACGUUGGCGCGAAGAAGGAUACCCGUUUGGUGUCGACACCAACCUCGUCGACUCGUGGUCCAGGGCGUCCACGUAAACCUCUUGCAUCAGGCGGAUUGACACCUCCAGUGAAAAAGGUUGCACCACAAGUUGCAUUACCCGCUAAGAAGAGAAGAGGUCGACCUCCUGGACGUACAAAGCAAGGAAAGAAAGCUGACCAAAAGACAGAGGAUGAAGUUUAUGAUGCGGAUCACGAUGAAAAACGAGAGGAAAAUGACAGUGAGUCGGAUAGUGAACUGGACGCCAAUUUGGAUUUUUGUGAAGUUUGUCAAGGUGCUGGUGAUCUGGUCUGCUGUGACAAAUGUCCACGUUCCUACCACUUAAAAUGUCUUCACGUGACAGAGAACGACCUGCCUGAAGGCAAUUGGCAGUGCGAUGAGUGCAAGAAGCCGUCGCGAUUUGAUGCUUAUUCCACGGCUGUAGCCUCUGAAAAGACUUUGCUUGACAAAUGUCUAAAAAUUGUUGCAUGUUUAAAGUCGCACCCGUUUUCAAAACCAUUUCUAACACCUGUUGAAAACGUACCAAUGUAUACGCGGGUGGUAAAGCAACCGAUGGAUUUGUCAAAGAUUGAAAACAAGUUGAAAAAAGGGGCGUACGUGGUUGAUAGCUUCACAGUGACCUCUGGCGUGAAGGAAGUGAAUUGCACGCAAUUUGCUGACGAUAUUCGUCUCAUGUGGUCAAAUUGCAAGCUUUUUAAUGACGACGGAUCGGGAAUUACGCGUGCAGCUGAUAUUCUUUCCGCGGUGCCGACUAUUUUAAAUUCUAAAGCUCAAAUGAUGGAACUUGCCUUGGACGAAGAAGGUGCUCAGGUGACAGCUGUGACUUCGUAUGACCCAGCCUACCCACCAAUAAAUAUACUGGACGGUGAGCUAUCUUCAAAAUGGGUGACUACUGGAAGUUUUCCUCAAGAAAUUGUCAUCCAAUUAGCAACAACAGCCUUGGUCGCUCGCGCUAAAGUCUGGACGCGGAAUGUCAAGGAAGUUUUAGUCGAAUCUUGUAGCAGCUUAGCCCCAACGAAAUGGGACAAACUUUUUGACUUCAAGCUGAACAAGACAGAAGGCGAGAUGCAGAUUGUGAGUGAGAACAUAAAUCCGACGGAUGCAUCCUUUAUCAAGUUAAAAUUUUUGUCGGGCUGGAACGACUUCGCGGUUGUACAUCGGGUUAGCGUGGAAGGCUCGGCUUCCCGACGAUGA